AUGUCCGAGACGCCGCCGGUCUCUCAGGCUGCCUCCGCCGCCCCCGAGAAGCCCGCAGCCGCCAAGAAGACCAAGAAGCCUGCCAAGUCCGCGGCGCCUAAGAAGAAGCCCGCGGGGCCGUCGGUGUCCGAGCUCAUCGUGCAGGCUGUCUCCUCCUCCAAAGAGCGCAGCGGCGUGUCCCUGCCCGCCCUCAAGAAGGCCCUCGCUGCGGGCGGCUACGACGUGGAGAAGAACAACAGCCGCAUCAAGUUGGGGCUCAAGAGCCUGGUGAGCAAGGGCACCCUGGUGCAGACCAAGGGCACCGGCGCUGCUGGCUCCUUCAAGCUCAACAAGAAGGCGGAGGCCAAGACCACCAAGGUGUCCGUGAAGGCCAAGGCUUCGGGGUCCACCAAGAAGCCCAAGAAGACUGCUGGGGCCUCAGCCAAGAAGGCUGUCAAGACUCCCAAGAAGCCGAAGAAGCCCGCCGUCGCCAAGAAGCCUUCCAAGAGCCCGAAGAAGCCGAAGGUGGUGAAGGCCAAGAAGGUAGCCAAGAGCCCUGCCAAGGCCAAGGCAGUGAAGCCCAAGGCUGCCAAAGGGAAGGUGACCAAGCCCAAGACCGCAACUAAGCCCAAGAAGGCGGCACCCAAGAAAAAGUGA